AUGGGCGGCUUCGACUUCUCCAACCACAACCGCAAUGCGGCCCUCCACGCCCAGGGUGUGCCAUUGCCCAAGGCGACAAGCACAGGAACCACCAUUGUCGGCUGCCUGUUCGACGGCGGCGUGGUCAUUGCAGCAGAUACCCGAGCCACGAGCGGUCCUAUAGUAGCAGACAAGAACUGCGAGAAGCUCCACUACAUCUCCCCUCACAUCUGGUGCGCCGGUGCCGGAACCGCUGCAGACACUGAAUUCACAACCGCCAUCAUCUCCUCGAACCUCGAACUCCAUGCCCUCUCCACCGGCCGCAAGCCCCGCGUUGUCACCUGCAUGACUAUGCUCAAGCAGCACUUGUUCCGCCACCAAGGCCACAUUGGCGCAUACCUCGUCGUUGCCGGCGUCGACCCUACUGGCGCACAUCUCUUCACCGUGCACGCCCACGGCUCCACCGACAAGCUGCCAUACGUAACCAUGGGUUCCGGAUCGCUCGCUGCCAUGUCGGUAUUCGAGACGCAGUGGCAGUCAAACCUGUCGCGGGACGACGCUAUCAAGCUGUGUGCGAACGCGAUUGAGGCGGGUAUUUGGAACGACUUGGGCUCGGGAAGCAACGUCGAUGUGGCCGUCAUCACGAAUGAGAAGACGACGCUGUUGAGGAACUACCUCACCCCCAACACGAGGCAACCGAAGCAGCGCAACUACAGGUUCCCCAAGGGUACCACCGCGGUGCUGAACGAGAAGAUCAUCACCAAGGAGGAGAUUAGCAAGUAUGUCACCGUGUCUGAGCUCAAGGACGAGAAUGUCACGGCGACUGCGGAGACGAUGGACUUGGACACGUAG